AUGCUUCUGCACGGCGAGCAAUUCCUCGAGGUCAAGAAGUACCCCAUCCCCACCUCGGGCACUCUCGUUUCGUACCCCAAGCUCCUCGAGGUCGUAGACAAGGGUGCCGCCGCCGUCGUGCGCUCGGCCGUCACCACCAUCAACAAGGCCACGGGUGAGGAAGUCUUCUACAACGAGAUGACCGUCUUCCUCCGCGGCUGCGGCGGUUUCGGCGGACCCAAGAAGGCGGCGGAUCGCGGCGCGAGCACUGCGGCCAACGCCCCUCCCAACAGGGCCCCCGAUGCAGUUGUUGAGGAGAAGACGACGGAGGAGCAAGCCGCCGUUUACCGUCUUUCCGGAGACUACAACCCUCUCCACGUCGAUCCCGGCUUCGCCAAGAUGGGCGGCUUCAAGGUGCCCAUCCUCCACGGACUUUGCUUCUUCGGUAUUGCCGGUAAGGCCGUCUACGAGCGCUUCGGCCAGUUCAAGAACAUCAAGGUCCGUUUCGCCGGCACCGUGCUUCCCGGCCAGACUCUUGCCAAGGUCAAGGAGACGGGCAAGCUCGCCAUUGGUGGCGCUGCCGUCGAGCUUAUUUAG